AUGGCCAAGAUCCCAGCUGUCUUACGCUCAUAUGCUCCGAGCACCGGGAGCUCCUCCUCGAAGGUAUCAGUUUCUAUUCACAUUGCCGGCGCCGAGGAUAGUCGCCCAAUGUUGUUCACUACGCUAGAUAAGAUCGAAGGAGUGGUGACAAUCACAGUGGCGGAGAAGACCGCCUGCGAGGACAUAAAGAUCACAUUGGAAGGGAUAUCGAGGGUAGUGACCUGGGGAGGUAUUAAUGGACCUCCACUUAUCGGUGGUCGUCACACGUUCAUGAAGCUCCAUAAUCUGAUUGAGAAGGGUCCAUAUCAACCAACAUCGAUUCUGGAGCCGGGUUGGUGCUACAAGUUUCCGUUUACGUUCAUUGUGCCGGAAAGUCUGCCGCUCACGGGAUGCGAUCACAAAGCGGAUGAUGGAGGUCUCAAUAAUGCUCACACCAGACUACCACCUUCAAUGUGCAAGGAGACCGACACAGAGUGCUUUUCUAUCAAAUACAUCGUCCGUGUGGUUAUCCCGGGACCAUUCUGCGGAAAGGAAACCCUGAAAAAGAGCUUAGCCAACGUUGUUCACCCCGUCAAGAUACUUCCCUCUGGUAUAUUGGGCAGCUCCAGCGGCAUUUCCAUCAAUGGGCUCACAUCUCGACGAGUACUCAGAAUUAGACGUGGCUGGAGAGGGAAAUGUUCUGGCCACUUGACUAUCUUAGCUUCACCGACUGAGCCCAUACGACUUCCCUUCCGUCGAAUUGAUGCCGUCGACCAGGUCAACACCUCGAUAAAACUAGACCUUAGAUUCACUACAGUUGGGACCCAACCUCCCCCUCACCUGCGAAAGAUGUAUCCCAAGCUGAAUUCGGUAACAUCCUUCCACGCAGGGCUGCAGGAGCAGUAUCCGUCUUUCACAGAGGAAAAAAGCACCGAUUUAGCCCGAGGAAACCACGUUCAAUCUCUGACGCUUCCAACAAUCGAUAUUGCGUCAACGCAAUGGGCCAAGAUACAAUCACCAAGUACUAGUAUUUCAUCUUCCCAGCCGAUUUAUCAGUCUAUCUCCACCAAUGAGGAAGCGUCGUAUACCGCAUCGAUCGUUGUUCCAAUUUCCAUUCCAAAGGAUGAAGACCUUGUCCCAAGUUUUCACUCCUGUUUCAUCUCUCGCAUCUAUAUCUUGGAGCUUCUUAUAUCUUAUUGCACAGAAAAGGCUGCUGGAGGGCGCGCUGCAAAAAUUGAAGUUCCUGUUGAGAUCAGUUUGUGA